CGAUCAAAGCGUCUAACUUUAUAUACAUAUCUACAUAGAAAUAGAAUAUUUUUUCUGCAAAUAUUCUGGUCAACAGAGUCACACAAAUACACAGAGGGCUCUUAGCAUUCUGCGACAAAACGGAUACCCGAGUUGUUUAAAUCAAUUCUUCCAAAAGAGUCUUUUGGAGCGCGAUAUGUCUGACACACAUUUUCUAUAAUGAUAUCAAACCGAGGAUCUAGAGUGUCAAUAAGAGAUGACGUAGAAAAACUGACCCCAACCGUGUAUUAUACCGGGGAGGGACAGGAGUUAGAAGAUGGAAGAGAAGUACAGAAUUGACAAACCCAAAUUUCUGUCAGUGUUGAAGAAUCAGAUACUAGAACAUGAAGUGAACAAGAAGAGAGAUUUCUGGGAGAGAGCAAAGGAGAGCGACUUUUAUAUAGAUAUAGACAGAAACCAUGUUGAUAAAGAAAGACAAUCCCGAAUAAAUAAACGAAUCUAUCUACAACAGUUCAGGGAUGCAAAUAAAGAGUUAAUGGAAAAGAAAUGGAUGAAAGAGAAGAAUGAGAAAUAUUUAGAUGAUAGAAUGGACAGAGAGAGAUUAAAACUGGAACCCAUCAACUGGACAAGGACGCUACACUGAAACAAACUAAAGAAACUGUUCAUAUAUCUUAAAACAGCUAAAAAUGCUGUAUUAUUAAAAAAGAAAUAUACUGUAAAAAUAUACAGUAAAACAAAUAUCCAACAUAUAUAGCAACAAAUACUGUAAACUACAAAACAUACAGUAUCCUUUUGACUUGUCUACCCUCGUACUUACGUAACAUGGAACAAUUGUAUUUCUUGUUGAGUUUUGUUGAUUGCAAUAAAAAUUGUUGAAUCUUAA